AAAGAAAAAAAGAAUAUUAUUAACAUAUAGUAGCAUCGUAGUUUACAAUUGUAAAACGUAUUUCGUAUAGAUUUUUUACGUUAGAGCGCUGUCACUUACAGCCCCCCUUUUAUUGGCAUUUGAAAGACUUGGUUUUGGCUUUCAGUCAGCUGACGUUCCCUGGUUGCUUACCGGGUUUGCCUUUUUCUUUGUCGAUCGGUCCGUGGUGGCUGUUGUGGGAGAACAGAACGCAAGGCCAUUAAACAUGGGGGAUUCGUGUGUGGAUCAAGACAUGUGCCAUGCAGAGGACGGAAGCAGUUCCCAGGAGGAGGCCAUGUUUAGUAUGGCUGAUAUGUUUCUCUUAUCUCUCAUUGUUGGACUGCUAACAUACUGGUUUUUCUUCCGGAAAAAGAAGGAGGAAACCGUUGAGUUCACUAAAAUUCAGCCUUCCACGACGACUUCUGUUCAGGAAACUAGCUUUGUUGACAAAAUGAAAAAGACGGGGAAAAACAUAGUGGUCUUUUAUGGCUCUCAGACAGGGACUGGAGAGGAGUUUGCCAAUCGACUAGCUAAGGAUGCACACCGUUAUGGCAUGCGUGGAAUGUCUGCUGAUCCAGAGGAGUAUGAAAUGGGAGACCUCGGCCGUCUUAGUGAAAUUGAUAAUUCCCUUGCUAUAUUUUGCAUGGCAACCUAUGGGGAAGGUGAUCCCACAGACAAUGCGCAGGAUUUUUAUGACUGGCUGCAAGAAGCAGAUGCUGAUUUCUCUGGCCUUAAGUUUGCAGUUUUUGGCCUUGGAAACAAAACAUAUGAGCACUUUAAUGCUAUGGGGAAAUACGUUGACAAAAGACUGGAGGAGUUGGGAGCUGAACGCAUCUUUGAGCUGGGAAUGGGAGAUGAUGAUGGAAAUCUAGAGGAAGAUUUUAUCACUUGGAGAGAGCAAUUUUGGCCUGCAGUGUGUGAGCACUUUGGUGUAGAAGCAACAGGAGACGAAUCAAGCAUUCGCCAGUAUGAGCUUGUGGUGCACACAGAUGAAAAUAUGAACAAAGUUUACACUGGAGAGAUGGGGCGACUGAAGAGCUAUGAAACUCAGAAACCGCCUUUUGAUGCUAAAAAUCCUUUCCUGGCCAAUGUAACUAUUAACCGAAAAUUAAAUCAAGGUGGAGAACGGCAUCUGAUGCACUUGGAACUGGAUAUCAAUAAUUCAAAGAUCAGGUAUGAAUCGGGAGAUCACGUGGCUGUAUACCCGGCUAAUGAGCAAUCACUUGUCAGCAAACUGGGAGAGAUCCUAGGAGCAGACCUUGACACGGUCAUAUCAUUAAAUAACCUGGAUGAGGAAUCAAAUAAGAAACAUCCGUUCCCCUGUCCUACUACUUACCGCACAGCCUUAACCUACUACUUGGAUAUCACCAACCCUCCGAGAACCAAUGUGCUUUAUGAGUUGGCCCAGUAUGCCACAGAUCCAAAGGAGCAGGAGAAUCUGCGCAAAAUGGCAUCCUCUGCACCCGAAGGAAAGGCGCUGUAUCUCAGUUGGGUUGUCGAAUCAAGAAGAAAUAUUAUUGCUAUAUUGGAAGAUGUGACUUCACUACGCCCUCCACUAGAUCAUCUUUGUGAGCUGCUGCCACGUCUCCAGGCCAGAUAUUAUUCUAUUGCUUCCUCCUCAAAAGUUCACUCUAAUUCCAUCCACAUUUGUGCUGUGCUUGUGGAAUAUGAGUCAAAGACUGGCCGUCAGAACAAAGGAGUUGCCACUAACUGGCUCAAAAACAAGCAACCAAGUGAAAAUGGACACAAAUCCACAGUACCUAUGUAUGUCCGGAAAUCCCAGUUCCGUCUACCAUUCAAGCCUAGCACACCUGUCAUCAUGGUUGGGCCUGGUACAGGCAUUGCUCCUUUCGUGGGAUUUAUCCAGGAGAGAGAGUGGCUAAAACAGCAAGGCAAAGAUGUUGGGGAAACCAUUCUCUAUUAUGGCUGUCGACAUGAAAACGAAGAUUACCUUUACAAAGAAGAACUGGCUCGAUUUCAUAAAGAUGGCAUUCUUACUGAGCUAAAUGUUGCCUUCUCUCGGGACCAGUCACAGAAGGUAUAUGUCCAGCAUCUGCUAAAGAAAAAUAAAGAGAGCGUUUGGAAACUGAUCAAUGAUGACAAUGCCCACAUUUACAUUUGCGGUGAUGCUCGUUACAUGGCCCGUGAUGUACAAAACACUUUCUAUGAGAUUGUGGCAGAAUAUGGAAAAAUGGACCAUGCCCAGGCAGUGGAUUACAUCAAGAAGCUAAUGACCAAGGGUCGUUAUUCUCAGGAUGUCUGGAGUUAAUCCCAGCAAUGUUUUUUUUUUUUUUAACUAAGGGGACUGUUUAACAUGGAACCAACUACAUCUGGAGCCCACAUGAGCCAGUUCACGAAUGUGCUAACAAAAACUAAAUCUCCUACAGGGCAAAGAGGAGAAAUGGCUGUUCUUUCUUUGUACUGUUGAGAGCUCCUUAAACGUUUUUUCAGCACCUUGUUGUGCGCAUCUAGUUUUAACUUAAUGUACUUCUGAACAAUAAUCACUUUCAGACUUUUAAAAUGAGAACCUUGUGUUACGGCCAUCAUGACGAAAGUAAACAUUCUUAUUUUUGUAAUGGAAUCAUGUUAGGUAUCUCAAGUUUGAAAACCUAUGUCAAAAAAAAAAAAAAAGAUUUUUCCACCCUUAAUCAUGCUGUGUGGUACUCUUUUCAUCUUUGUCUUUGAUCAUUUGGUGGCUUUCAUUGCACAUAGUAUAUUAUGCACAUAAAGAUAUAAAGAUCUUUAAUGAGACCAGAGCUUAUUGUUAUACCUUGUUAUUGCUUUUACAUAUUUACAUGUAAGGUUUGUAUAUUUUUUUUUUUAUUACUGUCUUUAAUUUGACCAUCUUAAAUAUAUGGAAAUGUUGCGGUUGGGUUUAGAAAAUAGGAACAAGGAAAUUAAUGCAUGUAAACAUAAACUGAUACAUAACAAUGGUAUGUAUUGGUUUUAGAGAUGAUGUAGUCUUUGGAAAGUUAGAUUAAGUUCUACAUUAUCCAAUACUUUUUGCCUAAAUCAGUCUUGAAUUUCCAGUAAACUUUAGAUGAAAAUAAGUUUGUGUGUCUAUUUUUAAGACUACAAUUGCUCUCUCUAUUUUUCUCCUUCAAGAUUUACAAUUCAGUCCUCAGUCUGGCUCAUUAUUCCAUUUUUUUAAGCAGUCGUUUUGAAGUCAUCUUACAUAAAUAGUAUAUCUCAUAAAAUUACUCAAAUAUAGAAUAAAUUUGUUUAUGUAAAAUUAGAUCAAAAUUUAUUAUUAUUGAUGAACUCAAUCUUAAGAUGUUCCAGACCUUAGACAUCAGUCUUUUGCUUUGAAAGUGCAUUUGUUAUAACCAGAAAUGCACCUAUAUGAAUUUACUUACUAUUUUUUUUUUCUUCAGUAAAAUGUACUUAUUGGACCUUUAGCAUCUCAAUCUUUGUAUGGCUCGGUGCCAAGCUACAUGCUUUUCCUGCAGCCAGGGCUGCUAGUAACCCCUAUAUCUGUGGCAUAUAUAUUUGUUGCAUUUUUAUCGUAGUUUCAUCAUCUAAUUCAAAUACUCAUAGUUCGAUUUAUAUUGAACUUUUCAAAUGACGUGCGUUAACGUAUUUCAUGUUUAUCUUGUUAUGCUCAGUGUCAAUGUUAAGCUUUGCAAUGUAAUCGUUGUUACUGUAUUGCAUUCAAGAAAACAAGCAUAUUUGUAGAUACCUUUGUCAGAUACUUUUAUUUAUUAUUCAAUAUACCCUGCUAUCUGAAUAUUUAUAAAGGAUUCUUUGGCUGCCUCCACAAUUGAUUGCUUGCUAUGCCAUAUGUGUACAAGUUCAUGAAGACUUCUCCAUUAAUUGUUCCUUAUGUGUAUUACAUAGAUGCAAACAGACUAACAGUCUGGAGUUGCUGGUGUGUGUAAAUAGUUGCAUGGAGUUGUAGUAGGGACAGUUUUUCUCCUUGCUAUGCUUUAUGGAUAUGCCCUCUAUUAACUGUACCAUGUGUGUAUUCUAAAAUCAUUUGUGGGGUGUAAUAACAGAAAUGAAGUAUAUAAGUAUUUCCCUCAAUAGCCAACAUCUUGUGGAAAUUUGUGUUCCUGAGCCCUCAUCUGCUCUGGUUAUUGCAUCAGAACACUUCAUUGGCUGUGAUUCUUUCUAUCCCAGCUUUAGUAGAGGGAAGUGUUAAGACAUUUAUAGGGGAAAUUGUAAUAAGGUGAUGCCCAAACAAAAUAAACUGGCAUAUUAUAGCUUGUUUCCCCCCACUUGUUACAUGCCACAUCUUAAAGCAAUAGAGGAAAUACUGGAUUAAAAUACAAUAAACUUACCUACCCUUCUUCCAGUAAGACUAUCAAUUGUAUCAGCAUUCAGACAUAGAUGGGAAGUCUGUUUUCAUUAGCAAGGAAAUAGUUUCUGUAAAGUGUUUUAGGUUUAAUUGUCAAAAUGAGGGGAAAAAAAUCCUGAUUAUGAGACAAUUUUUAAUUUUUUGGAUUAUUACAUGCCUCAUAACAAGAUCUGGGCAUUUAGCAAGAUUCCGGUUUUAAAAUAAAAAAUAAAAUAAAUAAAAAUAGUUAAAAUGAUGGGCAAGAUACUAUAUUCUAUAAAAUUUGUAGUAGUCAUUUUUUAUUCUACUAAUGGCGAUGGAUAUAUCGCAUAGUGUGUAUUAGUCAUUACCCACAUUGGAAUACUUCACUUUGCUUAUUAAUGUAUCCAAGUAAAAAUAUUUCCAGACUAUUCAUUGUAAUUAACAGGCAUUUUGACCUAAGAUAUGCCUUGAUUUUUGUCCUAAAUGGUUUUGGGCAGCGUUCCAUCAUACAACUUUGUGUUUGGUCAAAAAUUUGAGAUUUUUUUUUAACGGUCUCUCUCUUUAUAGUCGGUUCAGUUUUGAAAUUUUAAGAAUCCAAAAUGUAUGUAAGAAAAAAGUACCUAGUGAUUGUAAAUAAUUUUUAAAUAUGCAUUAACCCUUAAAUAAAAUGUUUUUUCAAUUUGA